AUGUCUGACGCCGAAUCCCUGAUACAGGUCGAUCUGUUCGCAGAGCCCGAGGACUACUAUGAACCAGCCCCAGAGGCGCAUUUCGCUUAUUACGAAAGAACAGAAAUCCCAGAAUGCUCGGAAUCUAAGUCUAAAUCUGUCAAACUGCGGCUUGUCGGCUCCUCGCCGCUAUGGGGCCAUUUGUUGUGGAACGCCGGAAUCUAUACAGCAAAACAUCUCGACAGAUUCCCAGAGCUUGUGCGCGACAAGUGCGUCUUGGAACUGGGAGCAGCUGCUGCUCUACCGUCUAUCGUUGCCGGUCUCAUCGGUACGAAAAAAUGCGUCGCCACAGACUAUCCUGACGCCGAUUUGAUCUCCAACAUCCAGUACAACGUGGACCAUGAGCUUUAUAAUGGAGAGUCCGAUUUUGAACCGGCCAAAAGACCCGUCGUUGUAGAGGGCUACAUCUGGGGCAAUAGCUACGAUCCUAUUUCAGCCCAUCUGCCUGCGGGACAGUCCAAAUUCGAUCUCAUCAUCCUGAGCGAUCUGGUCUUCAACCACACCGAGCAUUUGAAGCUUCUACAAACAACCAAGGAUCUUUUGGCUCCCAAUGGUAAAGCCCUGGUGGUAUUCUCACCUCACAGACCUUGGCUCUUGGAGAAAGACCUGCAAUUUUUCGAGACCGCUAAGGAGUUCGAUCUCGUGCCAGAAAAGAUUGAACUAGUCAACUGGAAACCCAUGUUUGUCGAGGACGAAGAAACCAGUGAAGUCAGAUCUAGAGUGUACUCAUUCUAUUUAACACACAAGUCAUGA